GGAAGUUGACGGCUGCGGCUCGCGGCGAAGGGGAGGAUGGAGGCGCUUCUCGAGAACCUGGCUCGCUUCGCCGAGGUGCUGGCGGUGGCGCGGAGCCCGUGGGCCGGAGACUGGGACGAGGCGGAGGUGAGGCGGGCUUUCCAGUGGGCCCGCUACCUGGAGCAGCUGAGCCGGCGCUUGGAAGAGGUGGCGAGCGCGCAGGACGCCCUCCGGCUGCACCUGCUGAGCCGAGGCGCCGGCCCCCGUGGCCACCCGCUGCCGCAGUACCGCCGUCUGCGCUUCGAGGAGCUGGGCCGCGGCGAGGAGAUGCUGAGCGAGGCGCUGCUGUGCAACCCGGCCGCCUCGGCCGCCGCCUUUCACCGGGCCGCCGCCUGGUACCGGACGCGGGGAGAAGGCGGCGGGGCGGCCAUCCCGGCGUCGCUGGGGCGGGCGGUCAGGGUGAAGGCCGCCGCGGGGGUCCUGCUGUUGCGGGACAGCGGCAGCCGCGUCGACCCCGCCGCCCUGUCAGAGACGCGGGCCCAGAUCCUGCGCCAACGGCUCGAGGAGCGCCUGAGGGGCCCGGAGGAGUUACCGGAGCGGCGGGCGGCCUGCGAGGAGGUUCUGCGGCGGGCCGUCUCCGUUGGCGGCGGGGAGCCCGUCUCUUGGCUGCCGCUCGCCGAGCUGUUGGCGGCGUCGGCAGCGACUGGAGGCGGCGAGGCGCAGCCGCUGGCCCUGCGGUGGUUGCUAGGAGACGGCCGCGCGCUACCUGCCUUCUGCCGCGCGCUGCCCUGCUCCCUCUUGACUGCAAUCGCCGCCCUGCACCCAGCCUUCGGACGCCGCUACCUGCGCUUCCUGCAGGACUGGGGCUGCAGCCUGCAGUACGACGCCGGUCGGGCAGAGUGGGUGCCACAGGAGGAGUCCCCCGAGCAGGGCUGGCGCGAACUUUUGGAACAUUUCACCGCCCUCUUGCAGGGACCGCCACCAGCGAGGGAGCCCACGGAGCGGGCACUGCGCUCUUUGAGAACUAUGGAUGGCGAUUUCGACGUGUGGGGCAUCAGCAUUUGGACAGAUCUGCUCCUGGCAUUAAAAAUGUAGAACUGUUUCUGGAAUCCUUUCAAUUUGUACGUCUGCGUUUGCACAUUUUAAUAUAUGUGUGUAUGUAUAUCCGAAUAUUAAGUUGGUGGCUGUUUAUGUUUGUGUUAAUAGUUUAUUUGAAAUUGAAACCAUUCAAGGUCAACCCAAUUUGAAGUUAAAGCAGCAUGGGAAGUCUAGGUUCCAUCAUGCAAUUUAGGAUUCCUCUCCUAGUUUAACAAGUGCCUGUAGGAAACUGCCUCAGUUGUACAUCCUUUAUUGUGAACUCUGACCAAGCUACUUUGCUUCCAGAUACUUCAUUCAAGAUGAAAAUGCCUUAAGUUAUAAUUUGCUUAUGAUAUGUUCUUAUCGAACAUAGUGGUAAGUAAAGCAGUACCAAUUCUGGAAUGGCUUGUGCAUGAUUCAGUUGCUAAUCGAUGCAAAUGACCAUUGUACAAAACAUUCUAUAAAGAGCUGAAUCUGUUUAUUGUUACAGGUCCCAGUACAAAUGUCAUUCAGCAAGCAAUUAUCAGCAUUUACUUAGCAUCCUGCACGCAGAUCCAUUGAGCUGAUGUACUUAAUUUUUUCCAGCAUUUUUUGUUGGACAAGCUCAGCAGUUCUGACAGCAUCUGUAGAGAAAGACAGAGUUAACGUUUUGAGUCCAUAUGACUCUAUUUGGCUUUCAUAGUUACAUCUUGUAAAAAAAACCAGGCCCUAAGUUAAUUUUCCAUAUAAUGCAUAUAUAAUUUUCUAACUGAGCAUGCAAGCUCUUGAAUUUUCAUGGUUCAGCAGAUGUAAUAGUUUUAAAAUGUUGGUUAGAAAACACAGACCAAUUCUGUACUUUACAAAUCCAGAAAUGUUGGAAUAUUAGUCCAGGCAAUUUUUAAUUUCCAGCUCUUCUGGUCCUUAUGUCAGGUCAUAUAUAAUAUAGUAUGGACUUUUCCUGACACAUUCUGCAUGAGUUUAUGCAAUACAUAGACUUCCAGAGAAGACAUAUAUUACUGAUUUAAACAUCCAUAUCUGUGAUUUGAAAGGGAGCUUCCCCAUUUGAUUAUGGAUAGGUCAACAUUUAGUGGUGUCAUGUUUAAACUCCUGUUUAGCUUCAGCUACCCACUGUUAUAAGUCAAUACAAAAGUGUCGUGUAAAUACACCCUAAAAUUUGUAUUGAAUCCUAGUCUUUGCUCUUGGGUUUAUCCAAAAUGUUUGUUGAUGUGCACGAGAUAAGUUUGAUGACCUUUCAACCAAUUUGGCUCCUUCAGAACAGAAAUAAUUCUGUACAAGCUGUUCACACCUUUCAAUAAGGUAAACACUGGCUUUACCUGGUGUAUCUGAAAGUAUUGUUUUCCUGUAUCCUAUCUGAGGCCUCCUUUUCAGAUGCAUGUUUUUAAGGUUGCAGAACUCUAGCUCAUCAAAUAUUUCUUUAAGAUGUGAGGGAUUGCGCUUAGUGUUUUCAUCUGCAAUAUCUGUGACAGAAGGGAUCCACUCAUUACCCAGUGAUUAGAUAUGUAUUCCAAGUUCAAGGCAUAAAUAUAACUUAAGUGUAAUCUCUGGGAAUUUAAAAUUUUGAUUGGGAAAUCCAAGCCUAUACUUCCAAAAUUGGGAAUCCUCAGGAGCCCUUUAAAAUGGUGGGCAGGUCCUGAUUCCUGACCCCAUACCUGGGCACUGAUUUUUCAGGAGUUCCUUUAAGGACUGUAGCUGGUUCCUGUCAAAAGCAUACAUCAUAAGACUUGGCUGAGAGCCCAGACAUCCAUUACACUUGUUAAAACACCUCUGCUGCAGAGAAAACAUUGACAGCUCAGACUGUCUCUGAUCUCUGCUAUCAAUUUUGCAAUGUUUGUUUACACAACACUGGUUUCAAAGUUUUGUGCUUUUUGUUGUUGAUGCUUUAGAGUGCGGAUGAUUGACACAUUUUUGUCUUCUAAGUGAAAUUACAUUUUUCAUGUAGAAUGUUAUGAAUUAAUUACUUUAUAAAGAUUUUGUUCUACACACCCUA